AUGCAUUCUUCACCUGGUCAGAAGCAAACAGCCAAACUCUGGCUCCGAGGUUGUUGUCCGAACCCUGUCUCCAAACCACCGCCGGAACACGAAAACGAUCAUCCCGGCCGGAAUCUCACGAGCACUUCCGCCGCCGCCUGCCGCCGCGAAUUCGCCGCCUCGACCACUUCCUCUCUAUUCCCGAACACACACUUCACGAACCACGAGUCCAUCCCCACACUCCAAGAAUCGUUUGUCGAGUUCAUCAAAACCUACCCGAAAUACUCCGACACUGCCCCCAUCGACCGUAUACGAGCGCGCGAAUAUUCCCACCUUUCCCUCUCGGACCACGUUUGCCUCGACUACAUCGGAAUCGGCCUCUUCUCUCAAUCCCAAGUCAAAUCCCAAUACGCCUCGAUCAUACCAAAACAGAAACGGGCCUCACAGCCCGAUUAUGCAUUGUUUGGCGUGAAUUUCAAGCCCGUGAGUUUAAAGUCACAGCUGCUUCAUUGUCACGGACGAGACGGGUACGAGCUCGAGUUAGCGAUCGAGAAACGAGUAGCCGACUUUCUGAACCUGUCCCGGGACGAGUACAGCAUGGUUUUCACGGCUAAUAAAUCGGCUGCCUAUCGGCUCGUGGCCGAGUCGUACCCUUUCCAGACGAACCGGAAAUUGCUGACUGUUUACGAUCACGAGAGCGAGGCCGUGAAUGCAUUGACGAAUGUUUCGGAAAGGAGAGGGGCCCGCGUGAUGUCGGCCGAGUUCAAGUGGCCGAGGCUGAGAAUAAACUCGGCAGGACUGAAGAAGAUGCUCGUUCGGAAUAAGUACGGCAAGAAAGAAAAAAAACGCGGGCUUUUCGUGUUCCCCCUUCAGUCGGUUCUGAGCGGGGCGAGCUACUCGUACCAGUGGAUGAAAAAGGCUCGGGAGCACGGCUGGCACGUCCUGCUCGACGCCUGCUCGUUGGGCCCGAAAGACAUGGACAGCUUCGGGCUCUCGCUCUUCCGGCCCGAUUUCCUCGUCUGCUCGUUCUACAGAGUGUUUGGGGAGAACCCAACCGGGUUCGGAUGCCUCUUCGUGAAGAAAUCGAUCGUCCCGAUUCUUCUCGAAUCCUCCUCCGCCUGCGGAGGAAUCGUGUCCAUCACGCCCCCGAGGAAUAUUCUUUUUCUUCCGGACGAUUCCUCCUCGUCAGGCGCCGGCACGGAAAUCGAGAUAAAUCGAGAGGAUAUCGAAUGCCGGUGCUUGGAUCAUGUGGACUCGUUGGGGCUGAUGCUUGUUGGCUGCAGGGGAAGGUACUUGAUCAACUGGCUGGUGAGUGCACUGAUGAAGCUUCAGCACCCGAACAGGCUCGAGAAUUUCCCGCUGGUCGCGAUUUACGGGCCCAAGGUGAAGUUCGACCGGGGGCCAGCGCUGGCGUUCAACAUCUACGACUGGAAAGGGGAGAAAGUCGAGCCGGUUCUUGUGCAGAAGCUGGCCGACAGGAGUAAUAUUUCGGUGGGGCACGGAGUAAUGAGCCACAUUUGGUUCGGGGAGAAGUCUGAAGAGGCGAAGAGGGUGGUAUUGGAGAGGUGUGGGGAAGGUGACAGUGAAAAUGGCAGCGGCAGAAGUGGGAAGGGUGGUGUGGGGAUCAAAGUGGUGAGUGUGGCACUGAGUUUCUUGGCGAAUUUUGAGGAUGUGUACAGGCUGUGGGCUUUCGUGGCCCGGUUUCUGGAUGCGGAUUUUGUGGAGAAGGAGAGGUGGAGGUACACGGCCCUGAAUGAGAAGACCAUUGAAGUCAACAUCCCCGUCGCUCGUGAGGAAGAACAGGCCCUAGGCGGGGACCGAUUCAGAGACCACCGGCGAUCAGACGCCGGAUUUGCGCUGGGCGGUGACCGAAAGGAGGGCGACACUCUAGAGGCGCCCCGUUUUCACGAACGGCGGCCGACUGGGGUCGAUUUCGAGACGCGCUGUGACCGUAAGGACCAGCGUCCAGCCGUUGACUUCGGUGACGGCGGUUAUCGCGGCUGUUGGCCCCGCGACCGGUGGAGUACUUCUGCCGAUUUGGGCGUUCCGAAGGGUCGCACACCUUUUUGGAGCUACAGGUUUGAUGCUCCGUGGCCACGCCAUCCCAAAAGACCGGCGACGACUUUUGAGGGGUUUUCUGGCGGCUUUCGGGCUCGCGAUCUGAGGAGGGAAGACGGUGGUCGUGGUGCAACCUGGGAUGGUGACGGACGCUGCGUCACGGAGUGA